CAGAAUUGACUGUAUAGACAUAAGAAAUCCCGAGACUUGGGUAGGUAGGGUAGGGCGACACUCCAAAUCGAGGGCGAGAGUAGAAUGUCUUUGUGAUGCGGCUUCCCAGGAUCACUGCUCCGCAGGCCACAAUCAGGGCGUGGCUCGGCUCUCAUGGUGUGUCGCCCGCCAUGGAUUCCUCCGAUUCCUUCUCCGCAGCCUGGAGGCCGUGCUUGCUCGCCAGGGAGGGCUUCGGCAACUCAAGUAGUGAUGAUUCACAGUGGAGGCCGUCACAAAGGGGACUGUACCAAUCCUUCAGCUUUCCAUCUUCUUCAGCGAGCGAGCAAGGGUUCUGGGCUUCUUCCGGAGGCUUGUUUCGCUCUUCCAGCCGCUAUUUCAGCACGGAGCGUCCAAAGCCAAGGAUAUUUGGUAGCAUGCCAGAGUUUGUGAAGAUCGUCGAGGUCGGGCCUCGAGACGGGCUGCAAAACGAAAAGAAGAUUGUUCCAACUCACAUCAAAGUUGAGCUUAUACGAAAGCUCUGUGCUUCCGGCCUCCAAGUCGUCGAGGCCACCAGCUUUGUCUCGCCCAAAUGGGUUCCACAGCUCUCGGAUGCCAAGGAGGUUUUGCAUGCCAUCAAAGCUCUCCAAGGGAGCAAGUUUCCAGUCCUCACGCCAAACGUCAAGGGUUUUCAAGCAGCACUGGAUGCUGGAGCAAGAGACGUAGCAGUUUUCGCAGCAGCCUCCGAGUCAUUCUCCAAGGCAAACAUAAAUUGCACCAUCAGCGAGAGCCUGGAGCGCUACAAACAGGUCUGUGAUCUAGCAAAGCAGCACGGCAUCUCUGUCCGAGGGUACAUCUCUUGUGUUGUAGGCUGCCCGAUCGAAGGCCCGGUUCCUCCCCACAAAGUUGGAUACGUUGCUGGCGAGCUCUACCGAAUGGGUUGCAGCGAAAUCUCUCUGGGUGAUACGAUUGGCGUUGGAACCCCGGGAACUUUGGUGCCGAUGCUCGAGGCAGUAAUGUCCGUCGUUCCAGUGGAGAAUCUAGCCGUACACAUGCACGACACGUAUGGUCAAGCCUUGUCCAAUAUCCUCGUAGCUUUACAAAUGGGAGUGAGCACCGUGGAUUCGUCCGUGUCAGGGCUCGGUGGCUGCCCCUACGCGAAAGGCGCGUCUGGGAACGUAGCGACGGAGGACGUGAUCUAUCUUCUAAACGGGCUGGGCGUCUCCACAAACGUGGACUUGAGCUUGGUUCUCGCUGCUGGAGAGUUUAUCUCGCAGCACCUGGGGCGCCAGUCGGGCUCCAAGACCGCUGUGGCUCUGGGCAAGUCUAGCAGAUGCGAGCACUCCAAGAUCUAACCAUUCGAGAACAUGUACAGAAUAUAAUUAUUGAAGAUCGUCUCACCUGAGAUGAAUGAAAGAAAAUAUUACUAUAGCAGCACACCAUAUAUA